AUGCCUGCGAAACGUCUGGAAAUGUACCACGUCCACGGUCCUACUGGAAAUGAUCAUGCAUACAAUGGACUCCGGACUAGGACCUUAUAUCUGCUUAUUGUAGCAGAAGCGGCUACUUCAUUGGCAAACUUCAGUAUUGAUAAGCCUAUCGAAGCAAUUGGUUCAAUGCAAUCAAGCCAAGUUAGCAAGCUCCCGGAAACUUCUUUGGAGGUCAUGUACAAUAUGUUACCUGCUAGUUCAGUCUCCAGCACCGUUGCAGGUGGAAAGUCGCAUUCUAAACAGGAGAAAAAGCUUCAUCUCUGCACGGCUAAUGUCCCCACUACGUCUGCCGCUUCUUCGUAUUCCAUUGCCUCGGCUUCUUUAAAUAUCGGUGGCGGGAGUAGUGAUGCAGAGACGACAACAACACAUGAAGGGGCUGCAGCAAAUAAGAAGAAGCGUAAUAAGAAGAAAAAGUGA